GUCAGCUUCCUGGUGUUGCAUGAGAGCGUAUUAUUUACAUUCAGGAAUUAAGUAUUUUAAGCACUAUACGCCAUGGCACGUGCAAACAAGGGCAUAUACAUGUGCAACAAAAAUCACUCGGCAUUCUGCAGAUGUUGAGCAUGUCAGCUAUGGUGACUAUCAGUCUGGGCACAAGAAAGAUGUUUCUGCUCCUCUGCCACAAGGCUACAAGCCACAGUAUGUGGAAGAAGCUUGGUAUGACUGGUGGGAGAAGCAAGGUUUCUUCUCUCCAAAGUCUGCACACACGAAUGCCGAUGAGGAGCCUUUUGUGAUGGUACUUCCACCACCCAACGUGACCGGAACUCUCCAUCUGGGCCAUGCUUUGACGUGUGCCAUUCAAGAUGCACUCGUGCGAUGGCAUCGUAUGCAUGGCCGCCAGGCGCUGUGGGUUCCAGGCUGUGACCAUGCUGGGAUUGCCACACAGGUCGUGGUGGAGCGGAGACUAUGGAAGGACCACAAGAAGACACGCCAUGAUAUCGGCCGCAAACAGUUUGUCAAAGAAGUCUGGAAAUGGAAAACUGAAAAAGGUGGGUUAAUCUAUGACCAGAUGAAGAAACUAGGAUGUUCCUUGGAUUGGUCCAGAGAGGCAUUUACCAUGAACGAGAGACUAUCACAGGCUGUGAAUGAGGCAUUUGUGAGGUUACACGACGAAGGGCUAAUCUACCGCAGUAAUCGGCUUGUCAACUGGUCCUGUUCACUCAAUUCAGCCAUUUCAGAUAUUGAAGUACUGAAUGUACCAGUAGAGGGCAGGACAGAGAUUGCAGUUCCAGGAUACAACAAAAAAGUAACAUUUGGAAUUCUGUCGUCAUUUGCAUAUCCUGUAGAAAAUACAAAUGAGGAAGUUGUCGUGGCAACCACUCGCCUGGAGACAAUGCUAGGUGACGUGGCCGUGGCCAUACAUCCGGCCGAUGAGCGGUACGUUCACCUACACGGCCAAUUUGUCCUUCACCCCAUCGAUGGGCGCCGCCUGCCCAUCAUCUGUGACGACUUUGUUGACCAGCAGUUUGGAACAGGAGCGGUGAAGAUAACUCCCGCUCACGACUACACUGACUAUGAAGUUGGUCUCCGGCACCAGUUAUCUCCUCUGUCUGUUAUUGACGAUGGUGGAGACAUGACAAAUGUGGACAGUGCUUUUUGUGGCAAGAAACGAUUCCUGGUCCGACACUUACUACAAAAAGCAUUGAAAGAGAAGAACGUGUUCCGUGGGGAGGAGGAACACAGUCUGACUGUGCCUGUAUGCAGUCGGUCUGGUGACAUAGUGGAACCCCGUCUCAAGGAUCAGUGGUUUGUCAGCUGUAACAAGAUGGCUGAGCAAGCGGCCCAGGCUGUCACAGACGGCAAGCUUACAUUGCUGCCUAACAACCAUACAAAGAUCUGGCUUGAUUGGCUCAACAAUAUCAGAGACUGGUGCAUAUCUCGACAGCUGUGGUGGGGUCACCAGAUUCCUGCCUACAGGGUGCUCAACAUACAAGACAAGGUGGUGUGGGUCAGUGGUAGGACACAAGAGGAAGCAGUGAACAAGGCGGCAGACACUCUCGGAAUUCCAGCCAGUCAAGUUGAACUACAGCAAGAUGAAGAUGUGUUGGACACUUGGUUUUCUUCAGCUUUGUUUCCUUUUUCUGUCCUUGGUUGGCCAAACAAGACCAAAGAUUUGGCCAAGUUCUAUCCUACAAGCCUGCUGGAAACAGGAAGUGACAUCAUCUUUUUCUGGGUUGCCAGGAUGGUGAUGAUGGGUCUAAAAUUGACUGGUGAACUUCCAUUUGACAAGGUUCUCUUGCACGGUUUACUUCGAGAUGCACAUGGCAGGAAGAUGAGUAAAUCUCUGGGAAACGUCAUUGACCCGAUGGACGUCAUUCAUGGAAUAUCACUGGAGGAGCUGCAGGCAAAGCUUACUGCCAGUGAUCUGGACCGAGCUGAAAUCAGAAAGGCUAAGGAAGGCCAGAGAAGAGAUUUCCCCCAGGGAAUACCGCAGUGUGGGGCCGACGCUCUCAGGUUUACCCUCUGUUCAUACGACUUUAAAGCCGGUGAAGUGAAUAUGGACAUUGUUCAAGUGAAGAGUCAUCGGCACUUCUGUAACAAGGUCUGGCAAGCAUUUAAGUUCGUCACGGCAAAUCUUGGAGAUGGAUUCCAGUACUCUGGCGUCUGUCAUUUGAAUGGGAGUGAGAGUCAAGUUGAUCUGUGGAUCCUGAGUCGUCUUAGUCGGAUGGUUAGCGCGUGCGACACACACUUCAAGUCGUUCGAUCUUCAGUUCGUCACGAAAGCCCUGCAUCAGUUCUGGGUGUCUGAAUUCUGUGAUGUGUACUUGGAGUGUGUGAAGCCUGUUUUCCAGACUGGGUCUGUAGAAGAGCAGGACUGUUGCCGACAGGUUCUCUACACCUGCACGGAAUCAUUUCUGCGAGCUCUCAGUCCCUUCAUGCCUUACUUGACUGAAGAGCUCUACCAACGCUUACCAGCAAAGGGAGACAACUGGCCAGUCAGUGUCUGUGUCUCUUCUUACCCUACAUCUGUUGAUACUCCAUGGCGAGACGAACGUGUUGAGGAGGAGAUGAUUCUGGUUGAGUUCAUCAGUAACCGCGUCCUUUCGGUUAGGAAACUCUUCAACAUGACAAAGGCGAAACCUGAUGUAAUAGUGAAGGUUGAUGAUGACGUACAGGCUGAGUCUCUCUCUGCAUACAGACUUCCUCUCCAGACUCUGUCGCGAGCCGGAUCGCUGAGCGUCACGACGGACUCCGACCACGUGCCCCAGACCGGGUGUGUUCAGGUGGACGUAGAGGGACAGUGUCAGCUCUUUGUGGUUAUUGAGGGUCUCGUUGAUCCCGCCAAGGAUAUUGAACGUCUGACAAGAACUCGAACAUCUGUUCAGGAGGAACUGUCUAAAGCUGCAAGUCUGAAGAUGCAGUCUGAUGGAACACAAACUAAUAAAUGGCUGUCAAAGGAGCAGUCUUUGCAGAGAGACAUUAAGAGACUGGAACAUGUGAUUUCUGUCCUGGGUGAAAUGAACAAGAGGCCACAAGUGUGAAAACUGUUCUAUCAGUAUCUUGAGUGCCAUGAAGUGUCAGCUGUACAACAACUUUGAUUAACACUGUAUCAGUUCUCUACAAUACUAAACCAGCUGGGUACAAAUCCAGACUAUGUAAACAUAUUAGUAUAUGGUUCAAAUUCAGUUUGAACUGAAUGUUACCACAAGACACAUUUCAGUUGAAAAAAUAUUUUAAUCAGAGGUUGAGAUUUUAAAAAUGUUUCAGUCAUCAUCAACAAUUUCAUUGAACAUACAGACAUUGAGAUAAACAUAGUGCUUGGUCACCCUGGUUACCAUAAAAUACAUAGUAAUUUAACAUUAUUUCUUUCUGUAUCUAUCUCUUCCCCCCCCC